AUGGGCGUGGCUGACGAGAAGCGAACCACUCGCCGGCCGCCACCCUCCUCCUCCCGCCCUACACCACCCUCUCCCUCACGAUGUUUCGAGGCGCAGUCCCGUUUGGGGGCCAAGCAGCCGUUCCAAGCUUCGACGACACCCUCCCGUCCAACGGUUCCCCCGACCGACAGCGACAGAGCGGGCAGCCGCAGACGCGGUGGAGAUGAAGCCGAGGACUCCCGGUUCAGCAGCAACCAUCAGCACAGCGUCGCCCUUCCAACGCUCGCCCGCCCCAGCAGUUCCCCGCGCCCUUUUGCGGCAGGAGUCAUCGCGGGUAUGGGCACAGGAGCGUCUGAGGAGUCGCGGGUCGAGGGGUGCGAGGGCGCUGGCGAAUGGUGUGCCUCUAGCGCGUGUUUUGCGUCUCCUGUCGUCAUGAGCUCCUCGUCGGUGCCAGGUCUGACCGCCUUCGCACCGCCUGCGCCUGAGGACGGGGGUCUUGGGCAAGGCAGCAGACAGGGGGGAGCCCUAGGAGCAAUUGUGGGGGCGUCCGGCACCCUGCAAAGCGCAUGCAAGUCCCAGGCUCCCAUCGCGCUAGCUCCGCAGCCCAUCAGGCAUAUAUCUCGACGCUCGCUGCCACCUUUCCAGAACCCAGAAUCGCCCACCAUAAAUCCAGCACCAGUCCCCGACCCAGUUGACCUCUGA